GCGGGAAGUGUGAACGUUCUGUCAGCAAAUACUGAGAAUCUGCAGGCCGUCUGUCCCGUGCAGCCUUAACCAUGAACCGGACAGCAGAAGAGGUGGAGGCCACGCUACAUGUUGCGAAGCUGGAGCUUUGUGACCUGCGACGUACUGCACAGUGUCUCCGCUUCAGUGACACGUUUACCUCCGGGGAGUACAGCCUCAUGGAGCUGGAUGAUACCAUGUGCCGGGAGAUUGAAACUGGGAGCAGUCUUGUGAUCCGAGGUGACAAAGAUGACCAUGCUGUUCUUUGUAGUCAAGACAAAACCUAUGACCUUAAAAUUGCUGAUACGUCAAAUUUACUGCUUUUUAUUCCUGAUUGCAAGACUGCAGACCAACUGCCCCCUGAUCAGGGAUCUACCCUUGUAGUUAAUUGUGAGAUCUCUGGAUUAUCCAAUCAUUACUGGGAACUGAGGAAAUGUAGACCAAAACUAAAAAAGCUGAAGAAGCUUCUGAUGGAUAAUACCUAUGAUGGGCCAGAGAAUGACCUAGAGCCAGAACAAAAUAAUUCUUUGUAUACAACAGAAGACCUUCUGGAUCAGAUUCAAGCGAGCAAGAAAGAAUUAAUUAAUCACUUGAAACGUAUACAUGCAUGCAGUAUUAAAGGUUUUUGGCGACUUCUUGAUUUUGAUUAUGAGAUGAAGCUUCUGAAUCACAUCAUGCAGUUGAUUGACUCCGAGUCCUGGUCUUUUAGCAAAGUUCCAUUAACCGUUUGUCUUCAAGAACUUAAAUGUUUGGAGCCAGAGGAGAUGAUAGAGCACUGUCUUGUUUGCUAUGGGAAGACGUUUACAGAUAACGAUGAAGUUUAUUUUGCUAUGGACGAGGAUAAAAUCUGCAGAGCUACAGCCCAGAUGCUUCUGCAGAACGCAGUGAAGUUUAAUCUUUCUGAGUUCCAGGAAGUGUGGCAGCAAAGUGUCCCAGAGGGCAUGAAUACCAGGCUGGACCAGCUAAAGGGGCUUGCAUUGGUGGAUCGCACAUCUAGGCCAGAGACCAUAUUCCUGCUGAAAGUAGAGGACUUGUCUGAAGAUACCCAAGAGCGAUUCAACAGUUUGUUCAGCAUGAGAGAGAAGUGGCAAGAAGCAGAUAUUGCUCCUUAUAUCCAGGACUUGUGUGGAGAGAAACAGACAGUCAGCGCGCUACUGACUAAAUAUGCUCGAUCUUCGCUACAGAAUGGUGUUAAACUUUAUAAUUCCAGACGCCCUCUAUCCUGAUUGUUAUAUACAUUUCUGUUAAGAUUUUGUAAAAUAAUUUAUAUACGUAUAUUUUAGAUAUUGUAUAUUUUUUUUCCAUUUUAUAAAUGUUGUGUUCUCUGUUACAUUUUGUAUCCGAAUUUCAAAUGUACCUGGAAUAAAAAUCGAUCUUUUGUACAAUUAUUGUACCACGAUGAUACCUACAAAAUAUAAAUGUAUUUAAAUAAAAAUAAAAAAAAUGUUGCAAUGGUUUUUCACCAAAGUUGUGAAAUAAUUUAAUUAAAGUGAGUAUACUGACCAUU